AUGGAUACUGCCGAAGGGCGCCGGUUUGAUAGACCUGGUAGAGGCACAAAUAACCGGUACUCAUCCGUGUUGGCCUCAGUUCGUGCUCUAGGAGAAGGGGACCGUGAAGAAUCGGUGCAGGCAACGGCGGCGACAACACCCAGCAAUGGCGAGAGAACCCUUCCACUCAACCAGCUGUCCCUGGGAGGACUUCACAACCCGGCGAGUACAACUGGGACGACUGGGGGCCGCCGGACGGGUCCUCGCCGCACGACGGUUCGCAGAGGCUCAAAUCAACAUCAGCUGCGGCCCAACUCUGCUCGCGCCACGCCAACAUCUAGACAGCAGCAGCAGCAGCAGCGGAACUCUGCUCGCGUCACCCCAACCACUGGACAGCAGCAGCAGCAGCAGCUGCAGAGCACCACUGGUCUGCCUACCUCACCGUAUGGGCAGCAGCAGCAGCAGCAGCAGCAGCAGCAGCAGCAGCAGCUGCGGAACUCUUCUCGUGCCACCCCAACCACCGGACAGCAGCAGCAGCAGCAGCAGCUGCAGACCACCACUGGUCUGCCUACCUCACCGUAUGGGCAGCAGCAGCAGCAGCAGCAGCAGCAGCAGCAGCAGCUGCGGAACUCUUCUCGUGCCACCCCAACCACCGGACAGCAGCAGCAGCAGCAGCAGCUGCAGACCACCACUGGUCUGCCUACCUCACCGUAUGGGCAGCAGCAGCAGCAGCAGCAGCAGCAGCGGAACUCUCCUCGUGCCACGCCAACCACUGGACUGCAGCUGCAGCAGCUGCCCAACUCUCCUCGCCUCACCCCAACCAUUGGACAUCAGCAGCAGCAGCUGCCCAACUCUCCUCGCCUCACCCCAACCACUGGACAUCAGGAGCAGCAGUUGCAGACCACCACGGGUCUGCAAACCUCGACUAAUGGACUGCAGGAGCAGCAGCAGCAGCCCGCCACGGAUCUGCAUGCCUCACCGUAUGGGCAGCAGCAGCAGCAGCCCGCCACGGAUCUGCAUGCCUCACCGUAUGGGCAGCAGCAGCAGCAGCAGCCCGCCACGGAUCUGCAUGCCUCACCGUAUGGGCAGCAGCAGCAGCAGCCCGCCACGGAUCUGCAUGCCUCACCGUAUGGGCAGCAGCAGCAGCAGCCCGCCACGGAUCUGCAUGCCUCACCGUAUGGGCAGCAGCAGCAGCAGCCCGCCACGGAUCUGCAUGCCUCACCGUAUGGGCAGCAGCAGCAGCAGCCCGCCACGGAUCUGCAUGCCUCACCGUAUGGGCAGCAGCAGCAGCAGCCCGCCACGGAUCUGCAUGCCUCACCGUAUGGGCAGCAGCAACAGCUGCCCGCGGAUGUGCCAUCUUCGCCGCAUGUGCAGCAGCAGCAACAGCAGCAGGCACCGAUGCAACCCGAGGGUCUGCAUACCCCUUCUACUGGGUAUGGGGAUGAUGGCGCCCCGACUGACUAUAUGCAGCCCCUAGACCCUGAAGCUUUCCCGGAGAUGGAACCUCAGGUACCUGAGCCUGGUUACGAGGGGCUAGAUGAGUAUAGUGAUGCCGAUGAGGAAGCGGGACAAGGAGUGGACCUUAUCUCCCGGGAAGAGUUCGAUGCUGCUCAGGCUGAGGCACCGGCUGGAAGUGGUGCUGCAGCGGCUGGUCCGAGCGCGCCUACUCCUAAUGGCGUGGCAGGAAACACGCUCCAGGCGUCGUUCCCGAGAACUCUACUCGUGGAACCGAAUCGGGUGGCUAUCAUAAAUGCGGUCAGGACGGCCCACAGCCGGGGAACUAUUUUGGACUUGCAGCAACUGUCGAGCAUGCAGCGGACGUGGGCGCAUCGGUACGCUGACGCGUUGGCCAGCAUGCCAGAUAUCCACAAUGGGUUCAAGGGGGCCGCGAGUCGAGCUGUGGAGGUCCUUUACUUCGAAACUUCGGAUGUGGACCUGGAGUAUUGGACGCCGCGGGACACCAACAUCACCACCCUCUGCACGGCUCUAAACAUCACAGAUCCUGAGGGAGUGGCUAACCUGCGCCUUGUCAUGGAGAACGAAACGGCUCGGCCUAGGCACCUUCGAAAGAAGCUUCAGGAUGCGAGGAACAAGACCCUCACCACGGGUCGUGUCUUGCUGUACGAAAGAUUUGACAUUCGCAUCAAACGUCCGGACCGCAACCGGGUCGAGAUCGGAACGCUGUCGCCUGCGGCGUUCUGUGCCUCCUACCCUGCUAGUGCUCUUUCGUGA